UGUUGUUAAUCGCAAAACAUACAUAUCUGAGUCGGACAAAAAAUUUUAUUUUACUUACAUAUUGGACAUAUUACAAAAAGCUUAAAAAAUUUAUUUUGAUAAAAUGUCGCUGAACCCAACUGUCUGUAAGGAACCGAAAUUCGUCCAAUUGCAGACCUGUGAGGGCUAUAUCCAUGACGUGGAGACUUCUCUAUUAGAACAGAUGGGCACAGUGCAUGAUUUGCUGAUGGUGGAGUGCUCGGACUCCAACGGCAUAAUACCGCUCUUAAAGAUUGAAAGCAGAAUCAUGAAAUUGGUAGUCCAAUGGUGCAGACUGGUCCAAAACAACAGUGCACGGACGGAAGCUAGUGAUAGAUCGACCAUGUUCACGGAAUUGCUCGAGGAGGCAAGUGGCGAUGACAAGGUGGUCAUACAACUCCUCUUGGCUGCCAACUAUCUGCAUGUGGAGAGCUUGUUGGAGGUUGGGACACAGUACCUGGCUGAUGUUAUAACGGCUUGCGAAACUGCCGAGGAAAUACGGAUUCGUUUUAACUUGCAGAAUGACAUUCCAAGCGAUGAAACUGAAGAGCCAUAAAAAUCAACGGCAUGCCUUAAAACUUCUAUUUUAACACAGAACCAAAAUUAUAAAUACCUUUUUUGAGCAAUUUAACUCUCAA